CCUCUCCCAGCGCUUCUUCUCUAGUUAACGAAAGGCGCUUUCCGCGAAGACCCGGGUUUUUACAGCACUUCGCGUCUUCUAACCCCGAACAGUGCGCUUUUAUUCGCAGGGCCAGCAAGGAGAGCCCCGCCCCGCCCGCCACCUCCGCGGCCCACGGACUCUGCCUGGUCCGGCCUCCCCCAUGAUGGCGCCGCUGCGCUUCUCUGCCAAUCUGUCCUGGCUAUUCCCCGAGCUCCCUGGCCUCCUCGCGCGGCUGCGGGCCGCCGGCAGCGCGGGCUUCGAGGCCGCCGAGGUGGCCUGGCCUUACUCGGAGCCGCCCGAGGCUCUGGCGCGGGCGGCGCGGGAAGCCGGGCUGCGGCUGGUGCUGAUUAACACGCCCCCGGGAGAUCAAGAGAAGGGGGAAAUGGGGCUGGGGGCCGUCCCCGGGAGACAGGCGGCCUUCCGAGAGGGGCUGGAGCAGGCCGUGCGGUACGCCAAGGCCCUGGGCUGUCCCAGGAUCCACCUGAUGGCUGGCCGAGUACCCCAGGGGGCUGACCCAGCAGCAAUCAAGGCUGAGAUGGAGACCGUUUUUCUAGAGAAUCUGAGGCAUGCAGCUGGGGUUUUGGCUCAGGAGGACCUCGUGGGACUGCUGGAGCCCAUCAACACCCGAAUCACUGACCCCCAGUACUUCCUGGACACGCCCCAGCAGGCAGCAGCCAUCUUACAGAAGGUGGGAAGACCCAACCUCCAAUUACAAAUGGACAUAUUCCACUGGCAGAUCAUGGAUGGGAACCUGACAGGAAACAUCCGGGAGUUCUUGCCUAUUGUUGGGCACGUGCAGGUGGCACAGGUCCCAGGCCGAGGGGAGCCCAGCAGCCCUGGAGAGCUGAACUUCCCCUAUCUGUUUCAACUGCUGGAAGAUGAAGGCUACAAAGGUUUUGUGGGCUGCGAGUAUCGGCCUCAAGGAGAUACAGUAGAGGGCCUGAGCUGGCUACGGUCAUACUGGGACAGGCGAGGCCACCCAGAGGCUGGCCAGUGAGGGCCUGCACACCACCCACGUGCCUCCAGACAGCAAGUGAAAUCCUGUCUCCUUCUCUGCAUUAAAGAUGACCUGCUGAA